UGUGGUCAAGGGGAGGGGCCAUACUCGGCGGUGAUUUAGAGGUGGGACCGGGCUUAGCCGGUGGUUCAGGUGGCCGGUCGGGCUGGAAGGGCAGGGAUGAGGGAUGGGACUCAUCCCAGGGGAUGCUCCUCCAAAGCUUUUAUCAGGCGAGCGCAGUGGCUCGCGCCUGUAAUUCCUGCACUUUGGGAGGCUAAGGGUCUCACUCUGUUGUCUAGGCUCAAAUGCAGCGACCUGAUCAUGGAUCAAUGCAUCCUCAACUUACUGGGCUCAGAUUUUCUGAGGGAACAUGGAUUGCUGGUCUCAAGGAGUAAACUCCAGUUUGUGGAACCUGAGCAACUGCCCUAUUAACAGAGGAAAGCAGGAAGAUAACCUUCGGGGGAAACCUCACUGUAAGCAC